CCUUCUCUCUUUCUCUCUCUCUCACGCACAAUCAUACACAUACUCAUUCCAGAUAGCAAUCGCCAUGGACGACAUCCCAAUACAGAAGAUCCAAAUAUCAGGUCCCACUCUCGCCUCUCUCCUCCAACGCUUCUCCUCUUCUCCGGGCGACCUCCAAGGUCUCCUCUUCGGACACAUCACCCACUCCACUUCCUCCACUCUCUCCGACGACACCACCACCACCACUCCCUCCACCUCCACCAACCCCUCAUCCACCCUCAUUGCCACCAUCACCUCUUUCAUCUCCACCCCGUCAUCCUCCUCCUUCUUCUUCCCUUCCGGCAACCUUAACCCCUCUCUUCAUGACCUCUCAUCCACCCUCAUCGGCUGGUUUUCCGGCCGCCGAAGAACCCCUCUCCGCCUCUCCCUCCGCGAGUCCUCCAUCACAUCUUCUCUCUCUUCCAACAUACAAUUCUCCUUCCCAGUCCAAAACUCCUCACAAACCCUCACUCUCUCUCCUUGUCUCUUCCUCCUCUUAACGACACCGUUUCAAGACCAAGUAAUCCACACACAUGAAUACAAAGCCUUCCAAUUUCGCAUUUCUACCGAUUCUUUCGAACCCAAAACCCUAGAUGUAGUGAAUAUUGGACCGGCUUUUGGUGGGCAUUACGGUAAUUUUUCCCCCAACUCUCCGUUCCCUAUGAUGGCUUGUGAAGUGAGGGGGUUGAAUGCAAUGGUGGAGGAUGGUAGGGGUGAGAAUGAUGAGAAUUUGAGGAGAAUGAAGAGCUUUUCAAAGGACCAGAAGGAAUUGGAUUUGGUUGCUGAGGGGUUUGAGAUUGGGAGGUUGAGUCAGUUGAUGGGGCCGGAGGCGUCGAAUUAUAUGGCCGAAUUGGAGGAUUUGUACAAUAAAAUGCUUGCCAAGCUAGAUGGGUUGGCAAGGUUGGUGGAGAAAAGUUCAGCUAGGGUUGUUGAGCAGGAAAAUCACAACAUGAAACUAAGAUGCAAAGUUGCAGGUUUGGAAUGAUUGGUUAAUGUUUAGUGGUGUUCUCUUGGUUACUAAAGAUUUCUGGUAACUGAGAAGUGCCUGAUGAAGAAGUGCAGCUUAUUGUGACGCUGCUGUUGUCCCGUUUUGCAUGGUUGCAACUUUUGGUGGUCUUUAAGACAAAGAUGGCUUAAAUCAGCAUCCAUUUGAAUGCACCUCCUCUGUUAUUUGUAUCAAUUACAUUGUACUUGUUGGCCCUGUCCUGUCUCUGUUCACACCCGCCAACACGUUUAGUUAUGAUUCUUCUUGACUUGAGGCUUCUAUUGGAAAUGAAGGAGAAGAAUUGAUGGAAUCAAAGUUUCAUGAUUUUGGAUAUA